AUGACACACUCUCUGUCUCUCUCUCUCUCAGUGAGUUCGGGAAAAUGGCUGAAGCCAGUAUUUCAGUAGAUCAGGACCAGUUCAUCUGUCCAAUGUGUCUGGAUCUCCUGAAGGAUCCAGUGGCUUUCCCCUGUGGUCAUGGUUUCUAUAAGGUGUGUAUUAAUGGCUGCUGGAAUCAGAAGGGCGUCUACAGCUGUCCUCAGUGCAGAGACACUUUCACUCCACUGGCUGAAGUGGUGGAGAAGACUGAAGUCCAAGCUGCUUCUCCUGCUCACUGUUACGCUGGACCUGGAGAUGUGGAGUGUGAUUUCUGCACCGAGAGAAAAAACAAAGCCGUCAAGUCCUGUCUGGUGUGUUUGGCUUCAUUUUGUGAAAUUCAUCUUAAACCUCAUCUUGAAAUUCCUGGUUUGAAAAAGCACACAUUAAUUGAAGCCUCAGCAGAACUACAAGAGAAGAUCUGCUCUGAACAUGAUGAAGUGCUGAAGAUCUACUGCCGUACUGAUCAGAUAUGUAUUUGCUCUUUGUGCAUGUUGGAUAAACAUAAAGGCCACGACACUGUAUCAGUUGCAGCAGGAAGAGCUGAGAAAGUGAGAGAGUUAAAGGAGAAGCAGAUGAAAUCCCAGCAGAGAAUCCAAGAGAAGCAGAAGAAGGUGCAGGAGCUGAAACAGGCUGUGAACACUUUAAAGCUCAGUGCACAGAUAGCAGUGGAGGACAGUGAGAUUAUCUUUACUGAGCUGAUCAGCUACAUGGAGAAAAAGCGCUCGGAGGUGACGGAGCUGAUCAGAGCUCAGGAGAAGGCUCAAUUGAGUCGAGCUGAACGACUCCUGGAGCAACUGGAGCAGGAGAUUGCUGAUCUUCAGAAGAGAGUCACUGAGCUGGAGGAGCUUUCACACACACACGAUCACAUCCAUUUCCUCCAGAGUUUCCAGUCUCUCUGUGUCUCUUCUGAACGUGACGACUCAUCCAGCAUCACUGUCCAUCAACAUCUCUCAUUUAAUGGAGUGAGGAAUUCUCUCUCAGGCCUGAAGAAGAAAUUUGAGGAAUUCUGUGAGGAGAAAUUCAGUAAAAUCCCUCCACAAGUUGAGGACGUUCAGAUUUUACCCUCAGAGCCAAAAAGAAGAGAAGAUUAUCUGAAAUGUGAGUUUAAUAUUUGGUCCAUAACCCCAGAAGAGAGAGAAGAGCAUGAUAAACAGUUUGAUUUAUUUACUCACACACUGGGAAACGUGUCAGGAGUUCAAGUGCGCAAGUUCUUUCUGCAGUCUGGACUUUCUGCUUCAGUACUGGCUAAGAUCUGGGAGUUGGCUGACAUGGGGAAGGAUGGAAAGAUGGAUCGUUUGGAGUUCUCCAUUGCCAUGAAGCUGAUUACCCUGAAGCUCCAGGGUCAUCCCCUCCCUACGUCUCUGCCAAUCAUCAUGAAGCAGACCCCGGUCCCUUAAAUGAUUCAGCUCUUUUGAACAGCUUGUAUUACCUGAGUUUUGAUUCAUUUGAUUCAGUGCUGUGUAAAGACAGGUGAAGAGAGGAAGGGUGUGUUUAUUAUCAAAGACGUGGAUGUGAGAUGUUUGAAAUGUCAUAUGAUUAAAACUUUUAGGGUCCCAUAAACACAAUGCUGACAUCACAAAUAAAUUCAAUGCUGAACACGGGCAGCCCCAAAACAGAGAAAUUCAAUUUUUUUGGCCUCUGGUAAAAAGAUUUGAAAUAUCUGUAUACACAGACAGCUGUCACAGUCUUCACAUAAAUAUAUCCUGUGAAUUAAAUGUGUUCAUAUUUUUAAGUUUAUUGAUCCCAACACGGCACAUCAUAACCUCAUUCUGUCUGAGAACAACAGAGCGGUGAGAUACAGUAUGAGUGAGGAGCAGUACUCUGAUCAUCCAGAGAGAUUUGACUCCUGGCCUCAGGUGCUGUGUAAGGAGAGUGUGUGUGGACGCUGUUACUGGGAGGUGGAGAGGAGAGGUGCUGGUGUGUAGAAUAUGGCGUUCCGCAGGGUUCAGUCUUAGGCCCACUGCUUUUCACGUUAUACAUGCUCCCUUUAGGUAACAUAAUCCAUAAACAUAAUAUUAGCUUCCAUUGUUAUGCUGAUGACACACAGUUAUACGUCUCAGCUAGGCCAGAUGAGAAUAGCCAGUUAAAGAAAGUUGAGGCAUGUGCGAUAGACAUAAGAGACUGGAUGCUAAGCAACUUUCUCCUGCUAAACCCAGAAAAAACAGAGGUUCUGGUACUGGGACCACAAGCCGCUAGAAGUAAGUUUAGAGAUCACACUGUUACUUUAGAUGGUCUCUCUGUUUCAAGUAGUCUAACAGUAAAAGAUCUCGGUGUGAUUAUAGACUCUAAUCUCUCAUUUGAGGCGCAUGUAGAUAAUGUAAGCAGGUUAGCAUUUUUCCACCUCAGAAAUAUUGCUAAGAUUAGAAAUAUACUUUCGCUAAGUGAUGCUGAAAAACUAGUCCAUGCAUUUAUCACGUCCAGAUUAGAUUACUGUAAUGCUUUACUAUCUGGAUGCUCAUCUAGAUGCAUAAAUAAGCUUCAGAUAGUUCAGAACGCAGCAGCGAGGGUCCUGACUAGGACUAGGAAGUAUGAGCAUAUCACGCCAGUCUUAUCUACAUUACACUGGCUCCCAGUAAGAUUCCGCAUCGAUUUUAAAAUAUUACUCCUAACCUAUAAAGCAUUAAACGGUCUCGCUCCGCAGUAUUUAAGCGAUAUGUUAGUACCUUACGUUCCGCCGCGCCUACUUCGCUCUAAGGAUGCAGGCUGUCUAUCAGUACCACGCGUUGCCAAAACCACGGCAGGGGGCAGAGCUUUCUCUUACCAAGCCCCAAAAUUAUGGAAUAGUCUCCCAGUUAAUGUACGUGAAGCAGACACGGUCUCAGUGUUUAAGUCGAGGUUGAAGACUUAUUUAUUUAACCUAGCAUUUAGCGACUAGUGUUUUUAUCAAAGGAGUAGAUCUGGGGGACUCGUGGAUGUUGAGUUUUAUCUCCACACGGUGACUGUGAGUGUACCUAACCACUUUCCUUCUCCUUCUGCCGAGCUACACUCCUGAGCUGCCGGUGAUCCAGACCUCCCCCCCUUCACUCUGGACCUGUCCACCGGCAAUGCUUCAUACUGCCACGAAAACGCUUCAGCUGUUUUCCAUGGACUACACCAACACACAUUGUGCUCACACACACGCACACUACAGUGUAAACCCAUAUGAGGAUGGGUUCUCUGUUGAGCCUGGUUCCUCUCAAGGUUUCUUCCUAUCACCAUCUCAGGGAGUUUUUCCUUGCCACCGUCGCCCUGCUUGCUCAUCAGAGACGGCACACACACACACUUCACUUUACUUUUGUUUGUGUAAAGCUGCUUUGAGACAAUGACCUUUGUAAAAAGCGCUAUACA